UUACAUCAGCCACCUCACUCUCAUCACUGCAAAACACACCUGCGCAUUAUCAAUUUCUUUUUUCCCUUUUUCUUUUUCCUUCUCAAAAUUCUUCCAUAUUUUUCUUUAAUUUUCUUUUCCCUGUUUGUUGGGUUUUUCUAUGCUGUUCGUUUCAGUAGGAAAACCCACUGCAGAUUUCCCCUAAUUGCCGUUUUGAGUUCUGUUUUUGACGAGUUUUAAGUUCAUGGAUCCGAUCAAAAAGGAAGAAUGUUCGGGCGAUGAAACAAGUGGGAGUACAAAAUCUUGCUCUGAUUGCAAAACUACGAAGACACCCUUAUGGAGAUCUGGUCCAUCUGGCCCUAAAUCGCUGUGUAAUGCUUGUGGGAUCAAAUACAAGAAGAAAAAGGGGCCAACGAAGAAGAAAGAGAAACCCGUUUCCAACACUAGUAGUGAUGAUCUGGCUUACUGCAAAAAGGAUAAAAUUGGAAAUGGGAAAGAUGGGAAGCAGCUAAGCAAAGUAUUGAGGGUGAAAUUGAUGAUGUUGGGGAAAGAAGUAGUGAUACUACAGAGGCAGAGAUCAUCAAUGAAGAAGCCAAGAAAUCAAAGGAAACUUGGUGAAGUUGAAAGAGCUGCUCUUCUUUUAAUGGCUCUCUCUUGUGGCUCUGUUUUUGCUUAAAGCAGCCAUCAGCACUAAUAGUCAGUAUUAAAACCCUAACCCUCUUUUUUGUAGCUUUUAGUAUAAGCUUUUUUUAGGGUUAUUAAGAAAUAAUCAAAGUGUGCUAACUGGAGAAAGGAAAAAGGAAAGGAUAUGGUUUUUUAUUAGCCUUUUAGAGAAAUGGCUUGAUUUUGGUAGCAGCUUUAGGUUAUGAAAAGGAUAGGAAGAAAGUGAAUUUGUAUAUAUGAUGAUGGUGUUGAUGAUUAUUGGAGAUGGCUUUUUAAGUUUUGCA